AUGUGCGCUGCGGAGGUGGACCGCCACGUAGCCCAGCGAUACCUGCUCAAGCGGCGGCUGGGGAAGGGGGCCUAUGGCAUCGUGUGGAAGGCAGUGGACAGGAGGACUGGCGAGGUCGUGGCCAUCAAGAAAAUCUUCGAUGCCUUUAGAGAUAAGACGGAUGCCCAGAGAACGUUCCGGGAAAUCAUGCUGCUCCAGGAACUUGGGGACCAUCCCAACAUCAUCCGCCUCCUGGAUGUGAUCCGGGCAGAGAAUGACAGGGACAUUUACCUGGUGUUUGAGUCUAUGGACACUGACCUGAACGCCGUCAUCUGUAAGGGCAGGCUGCUGAAAGACAUCCACAAGCGCUACAUCAUCUACCAGCUCCUACGGGCCACCAAGUUCAUCCACUCAGGACGCGUCAUCCACCGGGACCAGAAGCCUUCCAACAUUCUCCUGGACUCCAGCUGCUUGGUGAAGCUCUGCGACUUCGGUCUUGCCCGCACCCUCGGCGGCCUCCCUGAGGGGCCUGCGGGCCAGGCCCUGACAGAUUACGUGGCCACACGCUGGUACCGGGCUCCUGAGGUGCUGCUGUCCUCAAGCUGGUACACCCCUGGGGUGGACAUGUGGAGUCUGGGCUGCAUCCUGGGGGAGAUGCUUCGGGGGAGGCCCCUGUUCCCUGGCACAUCCACACUGCACCAGCUGGAGCUGAUCCUGGAGACCAUCCCACCACCAUCCAAGGAGGACCUCCUGGCUCUUGGCUCAAGCUACAGUGCCUCUAUCCUGCCCUGCCUGGGGUCCCGGCCACGGCAGACGCUGGACACCCUCCUGCCGCCAGACACACCCCCGGAGGCCUUGGAUCUCCUCAGGGGUCUCCUGGUAUUUGCCCCGGAGAAGCGGCUUAGCGCAGCCCAGGCACUGCAGCACCCCUACGUGCAGAGGUUCCACUGCCCGGCUCGUGAGUGGACACUGGAUUCGGCUGUGCGGCUCCCGGUGCUCGAAGGAGUUCAGCUCUCAGCCCCCGAGUAUCGCAGCCGCGUCUAUCAGAUGAUCCUGGAGCGCAGGGGCAACAGCUGCAUCCCCAGAGAGAAGGGCCUGGGGGGCACACCCGCGGGGGCAGAGCCCAGUGCCCCCCGGCCCCAGGCGCACCUGCUCAAUCCCAGAGCCGUCCCUCAGCUGCCCCAGGGCUCGCCCACGCAGAACCCCGGACGCAGACCUCAGAGCAGCCCGGGUCACCAGCCCGUGCACGACAUUGCCUGCGGAGCCAAGAACCUUCCGCGGCGGAACUCGGCCCCCCUGCUCCAGCCUCCACCCCCAGGAGGUCUCGGGAGAGGGGAGAGGCCCCCUGGGGCGACGGCGGAGGCCCCCUCGGCACCCUCGUGGGUGAAGCCCAGCGGGAAGGGGGCGGCGCCCUCCCUGGCCUCGCAGGCCGCCGCCCAGGUGGCCAUCCAGGCCCUAAUCCGGAGCGACUGGAAUCCGGGCCGUGGGGUGAGGGCGAGCGGCGCGCGACGGGUCCCUCGCGGGCUUCCCGCGGAUGCCCGGCCCGACUUCCGGCCGGGCCGGAGGAUGUUCAGCGCCUCGGCCUCGCAGGGAGCCCAGGGCGCUGCAAGGGCUGUGCUCGGGGGCUACUCUCAGGCCUACGGUACCGUCCGCCACUCGGCGCUGGGCCGCCUGCCCCUGCUCCCCGGGCCACGCGCCUAA